UCACUUCAAACCAACCCUCUCUAGCUUUCCCCUUGCUCUUUCAGCUUUCCUUUUGCUUACUAAGAAAAAAAUGGCGGAAGCAAUCCUAUUUGGUCUUGCACAAAAAAUGAUUGAAAAUUUGGGUUCUCAGACUUUCCAAGAGAUUGGAUCACUAUGGGGUGUCAAAGGUGAGCUUGAAAAAAUCAAGAACACUGUGUCCACAAUUCAAGCUGUACUUCUGGAUGCAGCGGAGAAACAGAGUCAUGACCAUCAAGUCAAGGACUGGCUCCAAAAGCUCAACGAUGCAGUUUAUGAUGCAGAUGACUUGUUAAGUGAGUUUUCCACUGAAGCUAUGCGGCGAAGAGCGGUGAGCGGGAAUAAAGUCACAAAAGAGGUACGCACUUUCUUUUCAAGUUCAAACCAACUAGCUUUUCGUGGUAAGAUGAGUAGUAAAAUAAAGGCAAUGAGGCAAAAACUAGAUGCGAUAGCAGAAGAUAGGAAAAACUUUCGCUUGGAAGAAUACGGUGUAGAGACAAAUGUUGUGAGUAGGAAGAGGGAACCAACUCACUCAUUUGUACGUGAAGAAAAAGUUAUUGGGAGGGAAGAUGAUAGAGAGGCUAUCAUAGGCCUAUUAUUUGACUCUAAUGUAGAAGAGAAUGUUUCGGUCAUUCCCAUUGUGGGGAUAGGGGGACUUGGGAAGACUACACUUGCUCAAUAUGUGUACAAUGAUGAGAAAGUCAAAAAAUGUUUUGAGUUAAAAAUGUGGGUAUGCAUUUCUGAUGUCUUCGAGUUGAAAAUAAUUAUUGAAAAGAUAAUAGCAUCUGCUACAGGUAAUGCACCUGGAAAUCUGGAAAUGGAUCAAUUGCAAAGGCAACUUCGUGAAAAAAUUGAUCGAAAAAAAUACUUACUAGUAUUGGAUGAUGUAUGGAAUGAAGACCGUGGAAAAUGGCUAAACUUGAUAGAUAUUUUAAUGGGUGGUUCAAAAGGAAGUAAGAUUAUAAUAACCACUCGUAGUAGAUUGGUUGCAAAGAUUACACACACAGUUUCACCAUAUAUUCUUAAAGGUCUCUCCGAAGAACGGUCAUGGUUUUUAUUUGAGCAAGUGGCAUUUAGUAAAGGGCAAGUGACCAAUAAUCCUACAUUAGUUACAAUUGGAAGGGAGAUUGUAAAAAUAUGUCAAGGGGUACCCCUUGCCAUAAUGUCCAUAGGACAUGUGUUAUAUUGUACGGAAACAGAAUCUGAAUGGUCACUCGUGAGGAACAAUUUACUAGCAAAUGUACUUGAAGGAAAUCAUGAGAUUUUUCCAAUUUUAAAAUUGAGUUAUGAUAAUCUCCCAUCACAUUUAAAGAGUUGUUUUGCUUAUUGCUCUUUGUUUCCCAAAGAUUAUGAGAUAGAUAAGGAAACAGUGAUACAACUAUGGAUAGCACAAGGGUUUGUCCAAUCAUCAAAAAAAAAUCAACAAUUAGAGGAUGUUGGUGAUAAGUAUUUCAAAGAUUUACUUUGGAGGUCCUUCUUUGAAGAAGUAGAGACUUACAAAGGCUUAAGAUACAAGAUGCAUGAUUUAAUUCAUGAUCUUGCGGAAGCUGUUGCAGGCGAGGAGUGUAGGCUUGUUAGUUUUGAUGGCAAAAAUAUUAAUGAAAAAAAUCAUCAUGUAUCAUGUCCAUUUUACAUUGGCUCAUCUUUUAUUGAAUCUUUAAGGUUUUUGGUUAAAGCAGUCAAGGUGUGUUCAUUUCUUCUGACAUUUAGUGAGAUGCACUCCGGUGCCUUGGAGGAGUCAAUGUUGAAUACAAUUAUUUUGAGUUUCAAGAGCUUGCGUGCAUUAGAUUUACAUGCAUUGAAGAUUACAUCAAUACCAAAUUCUAUAGGGAAGUUAAUACAUCUAAAGUAUCUUGAUGUUUCUUUUAAUGAGGAUAUUAAAACUCUCCCUGACUCAAUUACUACAUUGUUGAAUUUGCAAGUACUAAAACUUUAUGAUUGUAAAGGUCUUAAAGAAUUACCCAAAAAGUUUAGAGAAUUGGUUAGCCUCAAACAUCUUUAUAAUCAUGGUUGUGAUAAUUUGAGUCAUAUGCCUCAUGGAUUAGGGCAAAUGACUUCACUUCAAACAUUACAAUUAUUCAUUGUGAGCACCUCCUUCCACACUAGUGGAUUAGGCGAAUUGAAGGAGCUAAACAACCUUCGAGGAACAUUAGAGAUCUCACAUUUGGAUCGGUUGAAAGAAGCUAACUCAAAAUCCAUUGUUGUGAAUUUAAGGGAGAAGCAACAUCUUGAAAAAUUGAUAUUAAAAUGGAGUCAUCAAGAUCAGGUAGAUUAUAAUGAAGAUGAGAAGUUAUUAGAAGAUCUCCAGCCACACCAAAAUCUCAAAUAUUUGGAAGUGCAACAUUACAAGGGUGUGAAAUUUUCAAGUUGGGUCUCUUCUUUCAUAAAUCUUGUUGAUUUAAGGAUAGAAAAUUGUGAGAGAUGCUUAUAUCUACCACCAUUGUCUCAUCUCCCCUUUUUAAAAUCUCUAAGCCUUGUUAUGAUGAGUGAUUUGGAGUACAUAUCCGAUAAUGAUAUGAGUAAAGAGGUGUCUGCUUCAUCCACAACAUUAUCAACAACGUUCUUCCCAUCUUUAAAGUCACUCACAAUAGAGGCAUGUCCUAAUUUAAAGGGAUGGUGGGGGAGAACAGGGAGGGAUUUAGUUGCAACAUCAUCUGCGUUAACACCAGAUCAUCAACAGGAUCAGUCUCACCACUCACUGCCCUUAUUUCCUCUUCUUUCUUAUUUGCGGAUUAGUAAUUGCCCUAAAAUGACUUCCAUGCCCCUGUUUCCCAAUCUCGAAGAAUCUCUAUAUUUAAAGAAUUUCAAUUUGAAGCCUUUGCAAGAGACAAUGUCAAUGACUUUUUUAAUUCCCUCUUCCUCCUCUUCAUUGUCCUCUUCUUCUCCUCUCUCCAAAUUAAAUGAAAUGACUUUGGAAUCUAUAGAAGAUAUAGAGUCUCUUCCGGCUGAGUGGGCACUACAUUCUCUCAAGAAACUAUAUAUUCGGAAUUGCUCUAAACUAACCUCUAUAUCUGGAGCGGUACGUUAUCUCACCUCCCUCUGUGUGCUAUAUAUUACCUGUAAGGAGUUCGAUCCAUUAAGAGACAUGCAUGACGAUGGCAUGGAAUGGCGAUGCCUCAAUUGCCUCCGUGAGUUAUAUUUGACUGGUCCGAAACUGAAGUCUCUCCCUGUAGGUCUUCAAUAUAUUUCCACCCUAAAACUGCUCCGCAUUGGCUACUGUCCCAAUCUAAUGACUUUGCCGGAGCUCAUCUCACUUGAAAUGCUUUCGAUUUAUAGAUGCGAGCCUAAUCUGACAUCACUUCUCGAGAUUAGUUGUCUCACUUCUUUACUUCGUCUGGAAAUUGUAAACUUUCCCAAUUUGAUUACUUUCCCCGAAUCAAUUAGGUAUCCAAUCUCACUUGAAAGGCUUACCAUUUGGGAUUGUCCCAAUCUCACAACACUACCUGAUGAUGGCUGUCUCAAGUCUUUAAGAAAACUGGAUAUUUUUAAUUGUCCUCGGAUAUCGGAAAAAUACAAAAAUAAAAUCGAUAAGGAUUUCCCUAAUUUGGAAAUCAGAGGGUUAUGAGACCACAGCAGCAAACGGCUCUACUUCGUCUUCUACAACGGCCACUCCCCUCUUUCACUUGCUUCAUGGAGAUAAUUAUCUGAAGAAUUUGAACAAGUUGGGCAAUAUGGUCAUAGGAUAAAUCACUUGGAUAGUUUCAAGAUUUGGGAAGUUGAUGCAGCUAAGAAUGAAUUGGAAACACAGAAUGAAAGGAGGUGUAUGUAUCUGGGCAUAUUCAGAACCAUAUGAAAAAGUGCAACAAGUCAACAGCUAAGGCGAAGUAUACUCGGGAAGGCAGUACUCAAUUUCAAGCCCUUAACUUCUUCAAAAAAGCUACUCUCUUGUUGUUUGAUGGUCAGGGGAAGCAUUGGGAACCCCAAUUUCUUUCUUCGGAGCCGUUUCUUUUCCUGUCCCCUGCCCUGGCAUGGUGCUUUGCUUCCGGUUCUUCGGAAAAAUCAACUGACUUCCACACUUGUCAUAUAUUCCAUACAUCACACUAAAUAGAUUGAAGUCUGGCACUUGUUGAUAUUUUGAUAACAUCUGGUGGGAGAUCAUUAUUUGACAACCACCAUCUAGGAAGCGGUUUUAUAUUCAGGUAGAAAUUGGAGGGAAAUGGUCCAAGACUGCUCGAAUCCUUAAUUGAAUGUAUUUCAGAAGGAUGUUCUGGUCCACUAUUACUACAGUAUAUGGAAUAUAAAAACAGACCAGAGUUUGUGAUCUCCAAAGUGAGUUGAUACUCCAAUUAUGUAGUUUGGCAUGGAUAAAGAUCACAACCAGGUGUUAACAGAAGAGUUGUUCCAUUUCAAGAAUGGCUUCAUUAUGCUCACAGCUGAUUCCUUGGAUAUUUGACAACUUUUUAAAGAAGCUAUUAAAAAUUUUCAACCUAAACAGGUUUAGUGAACUUAUCAGUUAUUGAAUUCUGUAUGCAGGAACUUUGAAUUUGGAAACAGACAGUUUUUAGUGAAUUUACAGCAACUACAAGAAGAUAAAUAGGUUGAAUCAGAUGAAGACUGUACCUUGGUGUUAGCAACAAGAUUACUGCCUAUCUUCAGUUAAAGUUCAAUUUCAGGGUGACUGGUUCUUAGACUUUGCAGCCACCCUCUGUGAAACCUAAGCUGAUUGCAAACAUUUAUCUUGGUGUAAUUGUUUCAAUAACAAAACAAGCUUGUGAUGUUUUUUUUUUUUUUUAAUGCUUUUCAAAUUGGAACCCUUUUACCAAUAUACAUAACUGUACUUUAAAGCAUCCAUAUGAACUUAAUUAUAAGAACUAUCUUGAGAAAUAUUUUAUAGGGAUUAAACAUCUAGAAUAUGCCAAUUAUCAAGAAGAAUCAGAUAAUCUGAAGAAAUUUCUGUGGAAAUCUGAUGAUGGGAUGUAUUGCUUGGAUAGUUUCAGGAUUUGAGAAGCUGAUGCAGCUAAGUUCUUGAGGCUGGAGAUGAUGUAUUUGAGGUACGUCCUACCUUGGCCGACACUCAUCUAGGAGGUGAUGAUUUCGACAAGAGAAUAAACUUUAAGAAAGAUGAAGGCAUAGAUCUUCUGAAUGACAGGCAAGCUCUACAACAUCUCAUGGAGACUGCUGAGAAAGCGAAGAUGGAGCUGUCAUCUCUGACUCAAACCAAUAAUAUUAGUUUACCUUUCAUUAUCGCCAUUCGGAUGGCCCAAAACACAUUGACACCACGUUGACUAGUGUCAAAUUUGAAGAACUGUGUUCAGAUUUGUUAGACAGUCUAAUUGCCUGCUUAAGUUCACUGGAUUACAACUCAUAAGCUUUGAGCACCAGUUGAAACUUCCUUGAGAGAUGCAAAGCUUUCCAAAGAUAUGGAUGUAAUUCAACUUGUAUCCCAGCUGUUUAGGAGCUGAAAAAUAUGGAUGAAGUUUUUGUUCUUGGGGCUGUAGUUCAGAAGGACUUGAAACUUUGGGUGGUGUCAACUUCACCAACUUCCAAACCAGAGGUGUUCUCCACCGCAGCAGAUGGACAGACCAGUGAAGAGAUUAAUGUCUAUCAGGGUGAGAGAGAGUUUGUGAGGGACAACCAGUGCUAGCACCAUGCCAAGUGAUGGGGUGGAUAGGAUGGUUAAAGAAGCUGAAAAUUUUGCAAAAGGAAGACAAGGAAAAGAGGGAUGCUGUAGACACAAAGAAUCAAGCUGACUUAGUUUUGUACCAAACUAGAAGCAACUAAAAGAGCUGGAAGAAAAUGUUCCUAGCUAGACAAGGAGAAUGUAGAGGCUAAAAGGUCAUGGAUGCCAUCUCUGGUGGUUCUACCCAAGCCAUUAAAGAUGCAAUGGCUGUCCUGAAUCAGGAAAUUAUGUAACUGUGGUAGUCAAUGUUGAUGUUUAGCUUUUAUCGGAUUGACUUCUUUGCAUGGAUGGCCACUAUUGUGUAGCCUUGAAUUAUGUUAUAGUUGAGAGAGAACUCUUUGAUAUAGAGUUAUUUGGGUGUAUUGGGGUUUGGGUUUGUGAGAGUGGGUCUACACCGUUUUCGUACUCUCCAUAUUUAUUAGUGAAACUUUCUCCUUGUUACUGUCCGUGGAUGUAGGCCAAAGGCCGAACCACGUAAA